UAUAUUACAUUAUCGAUUUCUGUUGCUGGGACUUUUCAUAAUAAUUACAGAUGGAAUAUUAGUAUUGAACAUUUAAUGAUUUAAUUUUUAGAAUUUACUGGAAAUAAUUAAGGUAAUUUGUGAAAUGGUACACCACACAUGGUGCUAGUUAAUUGCUGAUAGGCUUAUAGUAGCUUUUAUCCGGAUAUUGGAGACAGUUUAGUCACAAGGUCCUAAUCCUAUUCCAGUACGGAACAAGGGUUUAUACAUAUAAGGAGUAAUUAUCAACGGAAUUAAGAUAAUGUAUGACAAAAUAUAUUCGAAAUGAGACAAGAACGCUUCUCAAGGACAUCUCUUCGGGAUUCCAUGAGAUCCAGAUCAAAACAAUCCCCGCCAUCGGACCCUGAUAAUGUUGGCACUCCCGACAUCAUCGCGUCUGUAGAUAUUGGUUCGACGUAUUCUGGUUACGCGUUUGCCAUUACAAAGGAUCUGGACGAGGACCGGCACAGUAUUCAUGUUAAUAAGGAAUGGAUAUCCGGAAACGCAAAAUUAAUCACAUACAAGGCACCAAGUUGUGUUUUAUUUACUCCCGAAAAAAGACUGCAUUCUUUUGGAUACGAAGCUGAGUAUAAAUAUGGACAGCUAGCCUUGGAUAAAGUGCAUACGUCAUGGUAUUAUUUUCGGAGAUUCAAGAUUCCAGUUUUAGAGGAUGAGACUCUAAGCACUGCCACCAAUAUAAAAGAUGAUUCAGGUAAACCACUCCGAGCCGCUGCAGUAUUUUGUGGUAUUCUAAAGUACUUACGGUCACACUUGAUCGACGCUUUAGCCGGAAUCCUAAAAGUAUCAAACUCUGAUUGGAUAGUUGAAAAAUUCCAUAUACGAUGGGUCUUAACACAUCCAGCCACCUGGACAGAUAAUGGACAACACUUUCUUAAAGUCGCUGCUAAGCAGGCAGGAAUUGCGGACGUUAUACUUGUACCGGAACCAGUUGCAGCCUCGUUUUAUUGUCAGAUCAUGCCCCUUCACAGAAUUAACACGAGAAAUGGCGAGAUUAUAUGUUUACAAAGAACAGGGAUGCAAUAUUUACUGUUGGAUUUGGGAGGGGGAACAGUCGAUUCUACUGUAAUGGAACUUGAUGUAAACAACGAAUUAAAACAGAAACAAAGAAGUUGUGGAGCGGUUUUUGGUGGAAUUCGAGUUGAUGGCGCUUUUGUCGAAUUUUUAAUGAAAUUGAUAGGUUUUGAUAUCAUGGACAAGUUCUUCCUAACUUGCAAACAGGAACUUUUAAAUCUCCAGAAGGAUUUUGAGAUUAAAAAAAGAACUUUUAAUCCUGCAAACGGACAAAACAUUGUUAUCAAACUACCACCUAUGGUACGGAAAAUUUAUGAAGUAAACUAUAAACAGCAACUGCAAUUAAAAGUAGAAAAUUCAGAGUACGGCGAGUUAGUUAAGCUUGUUGGAGACAACUUGCACAUUGAUGUUGAGAUAGUUGAAAGUUUCUACACAAUUGUGGCCGAGCAGAUAACUUCACAUUUAGUAAAAAUCUUAUACGCCGGUACAACAAAAGACAUCAAAACUCUUGUACUUGCUGGAGGUUUUGCAAAUUCCGUAAUUGUUCAAAACGCCAUUCGGAAGAAGUUUCCGGAUAUUACAGUCCUAAUGCCGACCGAUCCGGAACUUUCUGUCAUGCAAGGCGGAGUUUUAUACGGUUAUGAAUCGAACCCUAUUCUUUAUAUGAAGGCAAAGUAUUCUUACGGUAUUGCUAUUGCUAUGCCUUACAAUGUGCAUGAACACAAUGACGACAAGAAAUUCUCGGCAGAUGGCGUUCCGUUAUGUGCAGACCUCUUUCAUAGGUAUAUCGAAGUAGGUGAAGAAAUUCGAAUUGGAGAAUUUGUAAGAAGUGGGGCAAUAUUUAUCAAUCGCAAAGACCAGCGUUAUCUUAGUGUGCCGAUUUACUUAUCCACAGUUGCUUCCCCUUUAUACACUUCCGACAAUACAUGUCAUUAUCUCGGACGAAUUCGGAUUACGCUAGUGUCAAACCGAAAAGAAAAUUCUCAAAUUACAAUCAAGAUGGCAUUGACAUACACGGAAUUGAUAGUCGAGGUAACGGAUGAAGGAAGUGGGAGAACCGUGAGGGAUGUAUUUUUAGACUCUCCUGUUGAUUGAGGACGUCGGUGAAUUGAUGAAGAUCGUCUUCUAUUGAUUAAAAGCGUUGCAAUCGUUAUCAUUUUUAGGAAAAUAACCAACUAAAUGAAUGAUGCUCGGUUGUUUUACUCGUUUGCUUCAGGCAAUCAGAAACGAGGUGUUGUCUUUAAAGUAACGAAACAACAAGCGAAAGACCGAUGCCAACUGGAGCAACAAUGUAAAUAUGUUGUACAAGACAAAUUCCAGACAUGGUUUUCGUCUAAACAAAUUCUAUCGGACUAUUGAACUUGGAUCUUGUAUGUUUUUUUAACCUAUGUCGUGAAUGGAUUACACAGUUUUUGUUUCACCACCAACUCGCACACGUAUAAAAUAUAUCCCACACUUAUAUUAAUUGAUUUGAUGCUAAAUGGUUCAAGAACAUUGUUGAACAGUUUGCCCUUUCUUAUCCGCAUUUUUUUUUUAUUGAAGGACCGUUGACAGUAUGGUUCGAAUUUGACGAACUUAUUUUAUAUAAAUUUUAUAUUGUGAUAGACAGAAGCUUAGAAAACGAGUACAUCUAUGAUUUAUACAAAGUCUUUUUCAAGUCCUUUUGCAGGUAACGUUGAGAGAUAUCAUAAUUCGUAAUUCCAGACAGUAUGUGUGUUUCCUCUUUACGGAAUUGUGAUUGGUCAAUGAAAAAGAGAUACGCAAAGUAUUAAAUUGUGAUUGGCCAAUGAUAAAGAGACACACAAAAUAUAAAUUGUGAUUGGCCAAUGAAAAGGAGACACGCAAGAUAUAAAUUGUGAUUGGCCAAUGCAAUAGAAUACGCAAAAUAAUGAAUUGUUAUUUGCUAAUGAAAAAGAAAAUGCAAAGUUACUUAUUUGUAAAUUAUUUAAUAUGUUUAUAACUAUUUUGUAUUUUAUACAGCUUGUACAAUGUUCCAGUGUUGUUAACUUUGCGUCGAGCUUUCAAUUUACUGUAUAUCGCCUCCCUUUGUUAUGUUUUAAUUCAAAUUAAAUCUAUUUUCCUUACUC